GUUCUCAUCAAAAACAGAUUGUUUUGUUAUUCAGCAAAAUAUUAUUCAUUAAACUUUCGGCAUUUUCCAAUUUAGAUUAAAACAGCUUAUAUUAGCCUACGAGUGUUUUUCUUCAACUUAGAAUGUCCACCCGUUGGUACCCAAUAUACCAGCGAGGCAACCCCCAGUUGCGUGUAUUCCUGCCCAACUUUUGGCUGAAACUGGUUCGGCCCGAGCACGAACAACCUCCUAACGUGGUUCAGUUUGCCUGUUCAAUGGAGAUGACCAAGUACGAUGUGAAAAACUACCUUCAGAAGAUAUACAACAUUCCGGUGGUGGAUGUUCGCACCAGGAUAGCACUAGGCCCUACUAAGCGGGAUUCUGUAAUGGGUUACGUCACCAAAAAUGAAGAUACCAAGAUGGCCUAUGUCACAUUGCCCAAGGAUAUGACAUUUGAAUUUCCAAACCUUUUCCCUGAAUCAGCCAAAGAACAACAGGAAGAGGACAAAAAAUCCUUGGAUGAAACCAAAAGGAAUUACAAAAAAUACUUGGACAAGAACAAACAUAGACCUGGAACGCCCGGCUGGUUCUCAAUCUAGUUAAUUAACGAAUUAUUUAAUGUAGCAUGAUUUAAUAAAUUUGAUUCGAAAAUAAAUGAGCAUUCAAUGCAAAA